AUUCAAUGUGAUUUCAAUUUUCAAUUUUCAUCCAAGCGCAAGAUUUCACAUUUAGUAAUUCCUAACAUUUCCUCUUUUAAUUUCCAUUACAUGGAUGCUUCAAUUUACAAUAAUUACGAAGUAUUUUACGACUUGUGGUGGUGGAUAAAGUGAAUUUGAACUUUAUGAAAAUUCGUUUUCUGCUCUCAAUAUUUUUACUUUCUAUCGGAUCGUAGCUAUGAGCUCCAAAUAUUAAUAUUAAAGCCCAUUCACUAAGAAUUUAUUUAGUAGUUUUUGUAUUAAUUUAACUUUCAAAAAUGGAAAAUGAAACUGUCGGUGAUCAAGCUACAGAUAUGGAUGAGCCAUCAAAAUAUGGUCUGAAACUUCUGUUGAAUCAUGAAUUUCCACUGAAAAGCAAGCAACUGAUCAUACCCAGACCUAAACAAAUCUUUGAAAUGUUACCACUUACAGCAAGGUACUUCAAAUACUACUUAGCAAGGAAAAUGCAAAAAAGAAGGCCUAUAAUGGACUAUGUGCACAUGAUUUCUGCUCAAAGGAUGUAUGGUUGUCCCAUUGGAGGUAUAGGGGGUGGGACGAUUGGCAGGGGAUUUAAAGGGGAGUUCUGCCGCUUUCAAUUGUACCCUGGCCUUUAUGAAUAUGUCACAGUCCCUGAAUGCCAAUUCAUUGUGAACAUUAGGGAUGCCAAAAAGGAAACCAUUUUCCAAUCAGUUUUAUCUACUUACAACAAACCAAAGAAAGCACCCCAGUCAUGGGAAUGGAACAUAAAUGGUGCAGAUUGUGAAUACACAGCGUUAUAUCCUAGAGCAUGGACUACUUAUGAUCUCACAAAAUAUGGUAUAAAAUUAGUUUGUCGCCAAAUAACUCCAGUCAUACCUCAUAAUUAUAAGGAUAGCAGCUUGCCGUGUGCCGUUUUCGUAUUCACAGCCAAAAAUAUCAGCAACGAACAUCGUGACGUCAGCAUUACCUUUACAUGGACAGAGGUUCUUGGAGAACCUAAUAAAAAGAAAAAUAUUGGCAAAUUAGACCUAGAGAGGUAUGCUGAAGAACAUACAUGUGGCGUCACGUUAGAGCAAAAAAUAGCCGACCAGCCCUGCACCUUCACAAUAGCGAAGAAGAAACAGGAAACUGAGACCAUCCAUGAAUCCUACUGCUUAUGGAACUCGGCUAAAACUUCGGGCUACGUUUGGGAGUGUUUGAAGAAACACGGCAAACUAGAACCAGACCCCAAUCAGUCGGCGAAAGUGACGGACAAUAAGAACGAAAAGGAGAAAACUAAAAAGAUGUAUAAAAAUGAUUCUAUAGCAUUAUCGAGCACAAUAUCCCUAGAGCCAGGGGGAUGCAAUUCAACUGAGUUCUGUCUUGUGUGGGAUAUGCCAGUCAUUAAAUAUAAGGACUCUAAAAUACAUAAAAGAUAUUACUCUAAGUAUUUCGGUAGUGAUGGUAUAGCGGGCGCCAGCAUAGCGGCUUACGCACUUAGAAAUUAUGAGAAUUGGGAAAAGCAACUGGCAGAGUGGCAGGACCCUAUAUUAAAUAACAGUAAUAUACCUGAAUGGUUAAAAAGUGCCUUAAUGAACGAGCUUUAUUUCAUCGCUGACGGUGGAACUAUUUGGUUUGAUGUGUCCGACGAAUUCCCUGAAACUGAUCCUAGACAUGAGUUUGGUGUGUUCGGCUACUUGGAAGGGCAUGAAUAUAGGAUGUAUAACACGUAUGACGUACACUUUUAUGCAUCUUUCGCGUUGGCACAAUUGUGGCCCAAUUUACAGGUGGUAUUGCAAUAUAUGUACCGCGACUCAAUAGCAGUGGAGAGUUCAAAGCUUAGACAGUCAUUAUACGAUGGGAAAUCUUGCAAGUUUAAGGUUAAAGACACUGUUCCUCAUGACUUGGGUGACCCAGAUGGCCUCCCCUUCACGCAAAUAAACGCAUACAACAUCCACGACGUGUCUGCGUGGCGCGACCUGAACCUCAAGUUCAUCCUGCAGGCCAUGCGCGACUACCGCCUGCUGCGCGCCCACAACGCGCCCUUCGGCGGCCAGCGCUACCGCUCCAUGGCCUUCAUAGGUGAGCCUGGGGACGACGUGCGCGACGGCACUGAGGACGAUCUGUACUCGCGCUCCACGGGACAAGCUGACACGGAUCAGUCGCCCGACGAGUCCUGCGACCUGUCGCCCGAUCCGUCCCCCAUCUUGACGGACCGACCGAGUGGCGUGGCGGAUAUACUGGACUUAUUGUACAGGAGCUCAGAAGUGGUCGAAGAGUGCGGGGAAAGAGUAGAAGCAAGGGAGCCCGCGGUCGCGGUGUGGGAUUCCCGACAAUACCUGACGGACUUAUACCCGGCGUGCGCCGCGUUGCUGCGCCGCGGUAUCGAGUGGGAUAAGGAUGGCGAUGGAUUGAUUGAAAACGGUGGAUUCCCGGACCAGACAUAUGACGCUUGGGUUAUGACUGGACCGAGCGCAUACUGCGGUGGUUUGUGGGUAGCGGCAAUCAGUGUGGUGCGGCAGAUGGCACGCAUACUCGGGAUGGAGGAAGACGAGAGAGAGUUCGGUAAACUGUUGGAACAGGCCCGAAGUUCCUACGAAAACAAGUUGUGGAAUGGUACCUUUUACCGCUUCGAUACUAAGCCUUCGAAUAAAGAUGUGGUGAUGGCGGAUCAGUUGGCUGGCCAUUGGUUCCUCCGAGCCUCUGGUUGGACGGAUCAGGUGUUUCCCGAAGAAAACGUAAAGAAAGCACUGUAUACGAUAUACGAGAAUAACGUUAUGCGUUUCCUGAACGGUCGUAUGGGCGCCGUUAAUGGAUUCGUCAGAGGAGCUCGGGGACACGUGGACACUACCGCUUUACAGAGCGAGGAGGUGUGGACGGGAGUCACCUAUGGGCUUGCUGCUCUCAUGAUCUAUGAAGGCAUGCACGAGCAAGCCUUCGUAACAGCCGGCGGAUUGUAUAAUACAUUGAUGAAAAUGGGCUUAGCGUUCGAAACGCCGGAAGCUCUUUACGAGAACGGCAACCACCGCUCCAUCGCCUACAUGCGACCGCUGGCCAUCUGGUCCAUGUACCAGGCCAUUCUAGCGAGGCCCUGCUCCUCCGUACCGACAAACAACGGACAACCUCACCACGCGAAAGAAAACAACUUAUAGUGCUAGCGAAUGUUUAUUCUCAAAAACAGGACUAAAAAAGCGAAAAUGAAAACAUUUUUCAAAUAUCUCUUGAAGAAGAUCCGUUGUGCCAUGUGAUUCUUAUUUUUUUAUGCUAUUCAGUAUCCUACAUUUAAAUUGGUGAACUAACAUGAAACUUGAUAUUAUCACAUUGCGAUACAAUCGCAAUUAUUUUCAUAUUUAAUUUAUUGUAUUUUUGAUGUGACUGUACAGUCCAAGGCGUAAGUCGUUUAGCACCUUAAUGAUCAUAUUCGCGUGGUAUGGUUAUGCACAUGUGUUAGGUGUGUGUGGCGUGUUUAUAGAAAAAGGUCAUAAAUGCGACAGAUUUUUGACGCAAUGGUUUCGCGGAAUUGCUAUUCGAAUUCUCAGGCCGACCGUACAUUUUGGCGCAUAGUAAGAGCUUGUCAGCUCAUCAGUUAACUCAUUUCAUUUGUUGUGAUUGGCUGUAUUUAUUGUAUUAUUGCUACAGCAAUGCAUUUUUUAGCCAAUACAAAAAGUGAGAGAGUUCUUUUAUUCCAUUAAAAAUUAUUAUUAGCCCUCGACUGCGAUCUCACGUUAAGGGAUGAUGUAGUCACUAGUCUGAGAUGGAAGCGGGCUAACUUGGGAGGCGUAUAAUAGCAAUCCUCUUAUCGUUUUCUACAUGUUAUCGUACUGGAACGCUAAAUCGUUUGACGGCACGGCUUUGCCAGUAGACUGAUGAUUAGCCACGGCUGAAGCCCAGACUAAAGCAGAUGCAAUUAAAAAUGAAUUCCCAAAUCACUCCUGCUAGGAAUCAAAUCUAGGACCUCCCAGUGUUAAAACCGUAGCACUCACCACUGUGGCAGGGAGGUCUCAACAAUCAGUCGGGAAGUCCUGAAUUAACCAAUCAGAGGUGAUUACGAUUGUCAUACUGCAUAGCUGUGAACUUUUAUGGUAGUCAUGAUUCUCGUAUUUGAUAGCGUGUCGCGAUAUUAUACAGGAAAUGAGUUUGUGACGUAAAAGAUACGUUCUCAGAAGAGCUGCAAAGAGUAUAAUAAUAUAAGAGCUGUUAAGUUGGACGUCAUAGAUUGCGAAUCAUGUGUAUUUUAAACAGCGAAUAAGGCCCUGAUUAGGUAUUGUUCUUUAUUAAUACUAGUAUGUAUCAAUAUCCGUAUACUAAUGUGAUUUAAUAUCCUGUGCAUUUUUGAUUUAGCAUCCAGCUAUUUUUGUUUGUGUUUAAUAAUCUGCUGUUCGUUGUUUCAUAACGAAUAACAGAUUUAUAGUGUAGUCAUUCUUAAUUUGUCGUAAAGGACGGCGUAAUUUUUGAGUGAACAUUUGACGAAAAAUAACAAAAUAUUACGUCCCUGAAAUAAUAAUUAUUGUAAACGUAUGUACCACUUUUAUAUGUUACGCCGAUGCACCUGCGCAGAAAUCUUAUUUUUCAUUGACGCAAAAAUAUCUCAACCAAUCAUAGCGACGUUCGUUUGCUAUUGGUUGUUGCCUACGCGCCAUGUUUUGUACGUGCGAAUUAUGAGCGAGAUAAUACGAGUCUCUGUUUUUCUUGCGUUUAAAAUCCUAACGUCGUCGGGCCAUAAUGAAAAUUUGGUUUGCAAGAAAGAAUAUUUUACUUUACUUUUAAAUUAUAAGGUCUGUAUUUUAUUGGUGUAUAAUGCGUACAUUUUGAGAUCUCACUCGCCAUUUUAACUCGACUAUAUGUCAACUGUCAUGUCAAAAGUACGGUUCACAUUUAAAAUAAGAACUAAAAUCGUACUUUUGACACGAUAGUUGACACAUAGCGUUAAAAUGGCGAGUGAGUUCUCAUUUUGAAUGGACUAUACAUUAGGUUUUAGUCUACGUUAGGUUGCGCUUUUCUGCGCAAGUGAAAUUUGCUGAUGCGACUUAUAAAAGUGGUAGUAUUGUACUAAUAUUAUUAUAAGGUUUUAGUUCUCAAUUUCCGUUUGAACUUUGAAUUAUUUGUAUAUAAAUAUAAUCAAAAUCGAAUUGAUAAAGUCUUAACUUGUAAUGAAAUAAUUAUAUUAUAUUUUGCUUAUAAGAUGAGGAUGUAUAAAAAACUAAUGAAAUUGUUGAAAGGAUUAUGAAUGCUAUUUAUUCAUUUUGUAUUUUUAAUUGUCAGUAUUCGAAUCUACAAGGUGGAUUAUAAAAAUUAGGUACUUAGUUAAUAGAUAAUGGCAAUAAUAUUUUAGGUUUUUAAUUUAUAAAAUCGUCUAAUAGUCAUACUUAAUCUUUUGUCAUGCUAAUUGCAUUUUUUUACAUUUUUUUAGUGAUAAUUUUCAUAGAAUGUGUUGUUAUGAACAGUGUUUUUACACUAGGCGCAUCUGGCGGUACACAAAUCGGUACUUAAUAUAUCGGGUACAAAAAUCAACUAAAUUCUGUGCUUGAUAUGAUUUUGCAUGAUAUGAUCAUAACUUAAUGAUUAUUGUAUAGCACAAUUAACUUAAUAGUAUUUAAUGUAAUAGGCACGAAGUGCUAUACCAAAAUGCUUUUAAUUUUUAUUUAUAUACAAUAAUAUUUCAUUUAUAUGUAAUACAUAUAAAUGAAAUUGGUGAACUUGGUUUGCAUCGAAACAUAAUUUAUUAUACUUAUCAAGUUAAUAUCAAUGAUAUGGUGAGUUAUAGUAUGCCAAAGACUAUAUUUUUAUAUUGAUUACCUAAUUUGCUACAAAAAUCUAUAUUAAUAAGGCUCAAGGCACAUUGAUGAAUUUGAGCAGCGCGGCGUCCAACAAGGCGUCGCGUCAUGACGCGAGUCGUGGCUAGACCCUGUGCGAGAAGUAUUUGCUCCACUCUAAUUUGUACAUUACAGUGGAGUUAAAGUUCAAUUUUACUUUUAGAAAAGACGGAUCGCGUCGCUUCGACUCUGCCGCAAUGUGCCUUCGGUCUAAAAGCUACAACCUGGCUUAAUGUGGUUCUGGUUAUAAGUUGUAAUAAAUAGAAGUUUAUUUCAUAUUAUUGUAUGCAAAUAUGCAGAGGAGGGGUUGGUAUGCAAUAAAGAAAACAACCACUUGAUUUUACUUUUUAUUUGUAUGUGUAUAAUGUAAAUGCAUUUCGGGAAAGUUAAUAUAGCAAACAUUACGUAAA